UUUCCGCCUGCCUGCUCAGUGAUCGGCCACCCACCAUACACCCGUGCGUCGCUACAGACAAACCGAAUCGUGGGGUAGCGGAACAGCUCCGAUAUAUAAGUGUUUGUGCCUUAGUACCCAGUGACCAGUGUAAGGUUUAAGCAUUUUGUUAACAAGGAUGGAAGCCAACCCGAGUGACGCGGUCGAGUCGCGGCGAUGACCAGCCUGAUUUUGGAGAACGCAGACUUGAACCGCCUGUUCCCAAAAUGUCGGCCUAGGGGCGGUCAACCCCCGCGAUCGGGGGGCUCGACGCCGAGUCAUCCGCAUGACCAUCCUCGGCAUACCGACGACUCAGCUGGUACCACCAACCGCACCGCUGCAGCAGCCAACAUCGCGACAAUUGCGACCAUCGCGACGAUCACGACGAUCGCGAAUUCCGUCGACAAGUUUAAAAGCAACAAUAACAACCCGGACGAAGACGCAGACAUGAUCGACCUCGAACGCGACACCUCCGACAGGUGUAGAAAGCAAGCGAAUGGCAGAAAAAAAUCAGGUUCGCUGUCUCGUAGGACGGCUACGAGUGUCGUCGCCGGAUUUCCGAGUGAGCCUCAGCUUCCGGUAACAACCGCGAAGUUGCCCUCGUCAAGCUCAUCGUCAGCUUCCGGGCGCAGCGAGGAUGCACCAAACUACGUCAGUCUCGCCGGAAGCGAUCAUCAGGCGCAGUCUCAAGACGCCCUGGAAGACAGCGGCCCCGAAGAAAGCCCUGUUUAUAUCUUGACUUCCGCCAAAGGCGAUCGCAGCUACAAACUUCGCGAUUCGAGGAUUAUUGAGAUUGCUGGCGGUAGAGAGGUGUUCUCGCAAAGCAGAGGUAAAGUUGCUGCAAGAAAGCCGCGAUUCUUGGCUGCAUCAAAUUCUCUGACAGCCGAUGACUGCCAAACAGACAACAAGCUCAGCGUCAAAAAGAACAAUAAAUCACCAAAUAGGCAGAGCGUUUGGGAACUAAGAAGCCGAUGCGGAGAGGCCAGAAGGCAGCGCUCUAAUCGCGAGGUAACAGAGACUGUAUUUUCGUCGGAGGUACACUCGGUUCGUAGAAAUACGAGAAAGUCAAUCCUGGACUACGAUUCACCAAAGAGUAAUCGAGCCAGUCGCAUAAUAAACUAUGACUCGAUACUGAAUAGCAAUAACGUAGAGUAUAAUACGCCAAAAAGUAUUACUGACCUUAACUAUGGCCUGCCUAAGAACUGCGUAGAUUAUCAGUCCAAUCACACGACGCCUGCGCGUAGUAUGGCGAUAGUGAGUGACGGAGAGGUCGUUGUAUUUGACGAUAUUGACGACAAUUGGCGAGGCCUCAGGCUUGAUCUCGGAUCCACUAAUGCUGGGCAACAAAACACAACUGACAAUAUCGAUAUCGAAACUGAAGAUUCUCAACGAGGCAGAAUGCAUCCUGAACCACCUGGAUCUAGCGUAGGGAGCACUCCUAGUCCCGCUUAUCAUCGUAACACAUCCGAUUUUUUCAAGGUUGUUACCCCAGCCAGUGAUUGCGAGGGAGACUCUCCUCCUCCAGAACGUAAUCACAAGGUUGCCAGAGUAAUUGGGGAGCUUCCUAUUGCACAGUAUUCUGGCAGCCCCCGACGCUAUGGAGUCCGUGAAAAUUCUAGACUGCCAACUCUGCUCUCGUCGCCAUCCAUCUACGCCCCGCCCAGACCUGGUUUUCCUCAAAGAGUUUUACCUACUACUCCGAAUCAGAAAGAGAAAGAGGAAAAACCCGUUGAAAUUUCUGAAAAGCCUGUCGUAGAAUUGGCCUCGUCUGGAAUCGAGGAAUCACCUUCCUGUCCCACUCCUCCACCGCCCGAAGAACCGGAGGAUGAGGAGGAAGAAGAAGACUGCUUAAAGUCCUCUGUACUGCCGAGUGAAAAUUUAUCUAGUCUCGUUUCACCAGGUGGCAGUACAUUCGACUACCUUUACGAAUUUUCGGAAACACGGAAAGUGCUCGAAGAAUUUUUCAAGUGUCCUCCACCUGCCGAAGAAAAGGAGAAUAACGUUGAUUCUUCGCUGUUUCAAGAUCUCGACUACGAACUUCGGAGGCAAGCCGGAAGCGCGUACGUCGGCCAAAGGCUAGCCAGUGGUCCACCAACUUUGGAAGAAGUCCUGAUACACGAGUCACCCAAAAAGCAGAGGGCCGACUUUCCCCAGACACAAACGGUGGAGCACGAAAACAAUUUUCUGGACUUGUCGGUGGGUACCGGAAGCAGCGAAGAUCUCGGUGAGACAGAAGUAGGUCUGCAGGUUGGACAUUCAAGGAAUUUCACCCUCAGCCCCGAGACAACAGACUGCGACAGUAACUGCGGUGAUCUGGACAGUGAAAUGUCAUUGAUGAUGAUGGACAAUGAACUGAUGCCUGCUAGCGGGCUUUUAGGUUCCGUUGGUGACCUUGGAAACAAUUCAGACUCCCUUAGAAUAUACACAAGCAUGCCUGUGCUCGAGGAUGGAUUGUCGAGCGGACAUGCCAGUGACACGGACAACAAUAAUCCAACGGUAAUGCUCAUGAAGCGACAAAUAAAUGAAAUCGAGAGGGAGAUUAUACAGAGGACGCGCAACGACAUGCUCGGCUCUGAGAACGAGUCUGGUAAAGACGUGAGCCUUAAUGUUACCAAAGAUAUUCUGCACUCGCUGAAAGCGACUUCACCUGACUUAUUCGUCACUAGUAAGGAAAGGAAAGACGUUUCUUAUGAGACUAACGAACUCGAAUUGGAUGGACUUGAUCCUCUCGGUACGCCGCCACCUCCCGCACCUCAGGGCAGGCAAAGCGCCAACUUAGAAACCGGCGGCGAAGUUGAAGCUGCUAUCAAAGAUAUCAGGAUGGCUCUCCAGAGGACGAAAACUCUACCGGUCAAAUCACCGUCCGAAGAUCCUCCUGAGCCAAGUGUCAGCCCUAUAUGGAUACCAAGUAUGUUGGAUGGCAGGCGGAGAGCCUGCGGGGAGAGUAACAGCGAAGAUUCGGAAGCUAGAAGAGGAGGAGAAGACGCUGAUGGUGAAGUAGAGGAGGUUGUAGACGAAGAAGAAGCGGACACAGAUCUUGAGACUGACAGACUUCUCGGACAACAGAGAACGGACGACCAAGGUUUCUACGACGACAAGGGGUGGCGGAAGCCUAAAACUAGGACAAUGUUGCCACCAAUGAGUACAAAAAUUGCGACUCCCAAACAGACUCCGCCGAAAACGUUGAGCGUCGCUCCUCUAGAUGCAUUGCCACCCUCCGAACCCCUGCCGUCCACCUCAGUAUCGGUCUCGGUCUCUCCUCCCCCUCCUCCGCUUCCCGCCACCACGGUUUCCGCCACCCAAUCGCCACCCUGUGAUCGCGAAGCAACCAGUCCCACGCAAACUGCGUCGAGCCCCCAGAAGACCCCAGCCAAAAACUCUCCCUCGCCCCCUCACAGCCUCAAGGAAUCCAGCGGCAAGGUGAAAAAGGAUAAGGAUGGAAAGAAGAAGAGCAGAAACAAAGAAGGUUUACUCGCCGACCCUUCAGUCCUGAUCGAAGGUGUGUUAUUCCGUGCCAGAUACCUAGGAUCCACACAGUUGGUAUGCGAAGGACAGCCAACAAAAUCGACCAGAAUGUGCCAGGCAGAGGAGGCUGUCUCGAGGAUAAAGGAUGGUCCAGUGCCGAUGCAGGCAACGCUGGUAAACUAUGGUGGGCAACAUGCCUAUGGUCGAUGCAGUGUUGCGUCACAAGGAAGCCUUGAGGAAGAUGAGUGCGACUCAAGCGAAGAACUUAUAGGGAGCACCUCAGGUGGUGGACAGUCUGAAUCUAUCAAUAUCGGGGCUCAGUCCCAGCUGGCCCCAAUCGGAGGCCCGUUGGGGCCCACCACGGUUUUCAGACUACAGUUUCUUGGGUCGGUGGAGGUGGAAGAGGAAGGGGGACGAAAACGGCGGAAACGUCUCAAGAAACACAUGGUCGAAGAGGCCGUCACUAAGAUAAAGGCGUUGGCGCCAGAUGGAGAAACACAGCCCAGCACAGAGGUGGAUCUGUUUAUUUCGACGGAGAAAAUAAUGGUUCUAAACACCGAUCUAAAAGAAAUUAUGAUGGAUCAUGCUCUGAGGACGAUAUCGUAUAUAGCAGACAUCGGCGAUCUAGUAGUACUAAUGGCACGUAGAAGAUUCGUACCGCAUGAAAUGGAAGAAGCGCCAAAAAUCAAUCGAACUCCAAAGAUGAUCUGUCACGUUUUUGAGAGCGAAGAGGCACAGUUCAUUGCCCAAAGCAUUGGCCAAGCCUUCCAAGUCGCUUACAUGGAAUUCCUAAAAGCGAAUGGAAUAGAGGACCACAGUUUCGUCAAGGAAAUGGACUACCAGGAGGUCCUAAACUCCCAGGAGAUAUUCGGUGACGAACUGCAAAUGUUUGCCAAGAAGGAGAUGCAGAAAGAGGUUGUCGUUCCAAAAGCGAAGGGUGAGAUCCUUGGCGUAGUUAUUGUUGAAUCUGGGUGGGGGUCGAUGCUCCCAACUGUCGUAAUAGCCAACCUCGCCCCAGCGGGUGCUGCGGCUCGGUGCGGUCAGUUAAACAUCGGAGAUCAAAUAAUAGCGAUAAAUGGCGUAUCCUUGGUGGGCCUGCCGCUGUCUACUUGUCAGACUUAUAUAAAAAAUUCUAAAAAUCAAACGGUUGUCAAGCUCACUGUCGUCCCUUGCGCCCCGGUCGUCGAAGUCAAGAUAAAAAGACCGGACACAAAAUAUCAGCUAGGAUUCAGUGUACAAAAUGGAGUUAUAUGCAGUCUUCUACGGGGAGGAAUCGCAGAGAGAGGAGGGGUCAGGGUUGGCCAUAGAAUCAUUGAAAUCAACAAUCAAAGUGUCGUCGCUGUGCCGCAUGAAAAGAUCGUCAAUCUCUUGGCCACGUCUGUUGGGGAGAUUCUGAUGAAGACUAUGCCAACAUCAAUGUUUCGGCUUUUAACUGGCCAGGAGUCCCCGGUGUACAUAUAAAGUAUGAAAAGUCACCUGGCCGUCACGUCAUGUCACGUCGCAUAGAAAAGAGACAAUACAUCCACCGCCAUCCAUUUAAAACGUAUUGAAUAUUAAAUCCGACAUAUGUUGUCCCGCCUGAAUUGAAUGUUCGGUUCAAAAGAGACAAUGUAUAAAUAGAUUAUUCAGCCAGAGCUCCUCCCGCUUAGCUAAUCGAUUACGAGUAAUAAUGGCAAACCAGACCCAGUAGCCUCCACCUGCAAAGUAACUGAAUAUUUCAAUAAUAACUGAAUAUCCAAGCAUAAUUUAUACAUACGUACAUACAUGCGUUACAACAUAUACAUAUACUAUAAAUUAUAUAUUAUUAAAAUGUAUGAAUAUAUUAUAAAUUUUAUUAAUCAGCAUAGGUUUCUCGUAGCAAAUUGUACGUUAAAAUUUGAACGUUAUAGCAAAUUUUCUCAUCAAAUUGCUAUGGGAGACAUAAAUGCGUAUCGAAAUCGCCAAGAAAUGAUGAUAGGAGAUGCAAUGCACAUCAUUAUAAAUAGCACAAAGGGUCUUUACCGCGAUGGUGUUAUAAAUCGUGGUGGACUAAAUACUGUAUAUUAAAUAAGUGCAGAAGACUUUGUCGUCAGGAUUUAUAGCAAAAAAAAACAAACAAAAAAAAAAAAACAAAGAAAAAACCGCAAAAUUAAAAAUUUAAGAAAAUAACUAAAAUGCGAUGAAAAAAUAAGAAAGAAAACAUCACGUAUAUCUUUCUCGUUUGAAAGACGAUGAUGAUCGACUCUUCUCUUCUACUAUUCCCAUUCGUUUCUAUCUUUCACAUAUUAAUUAUAUAAUACAAGCGAUUGCUUCAAGACGCGCGCCGAUGCCCCAAUUUAAUUAUUAGUUUUGCACUAUACGAUCAUCGUUAUUAUGUAAUAAUAUGUAUAGAUACUUGGAAUUUAUAGGUAUACAUACAUGCAAUACAUAUGUAUAGUGACGACGACGGUUUCGGUAAUUGUUUAGAAGAGCUCUGUUGACUGUAAAAGAAACUGGUAGGAUGUGAACCGAAUAUUCGCGCAGUUGAGAUACGUUACAUAUAAUUCAUAAUUAGGGUCUAAAAUUUAGAAUUAUUUUUAGAAAGAAUGAACCUGAGCAAUAGUUACGUCGUUUUAGGCAAUCGAUUGAAUCAACGAGUCGUUCUGUUAACAAGGCACAAUAACGUUUGAUGUUCUAUUAUAUGGGAAAUCACUCGAGUGAGUUAUCAAUUGAAAAAACCGCAACGACGGUGGAGAGCAGAGUUUAUACAAAAAUGUUACGGUGUCGAAUGAAUGACAAAACAUGGACAAUAGAUUAAUCGGUAUUAUAACUGAAUACGUGCUCUGCAACGUGACGUGUAGAUUUUUUCUAUAGAUGGAAUAUAUGUAUAGAAUUGAUCUACUGCAGCAGCGGUAUGGCUAUGAAUAAUUGUAACUCAAACUACGCUAUAUACUUUAAAAUACCAUACUAUACUACACUAUACAAUACUAUACUAUACUAUACUCUAUUAUACGAUGGUGCGUAAGUAUAAUUUUAUAAAGGAUUAUAGCUGUGUGCUCUUCUAGAUAGGUACCUACUAUUAUCGUUACAACGUAUCGCUAACGUUUCGUCUAUUUUUGCUGAGCUACUUUUCAACUUUCAGCUAUUAUUAAGGCUUUCAAAUUCGAUAUAUUGAUAUUUACGACGGUGAGGUAAUGUGUAAUUCCUAAACAUUAUGACGAUCUUCGACGAAGUAUAAUUUUUGCGCGUCAAAUUUCAUUGGAUAUAAGCAAGUAGGAAAACAAAAUUGAAAUCAAUUCGUUCGAUUCGAACGUACUUUGAGUCUCAUUGAUUGGCCAAUGAAUUUUCUCGCCGACUGAUGUUUUCGUCAGAAUUUUUCGGAUACUUGCGGAUAUAUUUUGUGGGAUCAAACGAUAUGAUAUACAUAGUUGGGUGGCUGAAAUGUAUCUAGUCAUUACUCUAAGAAUAAAAUAUAUAAUUAAAUAAGACGAAGGAAAUACUCAGCCAUCGUGAACAGACUGGACUGAUCAUGUCUAGCCGCUUCUUUUUUUUUUUUUUCAAACCUAACAGAGACAUCCGCAAUUUAAAUUCUUAGAAAAUCUCUUACUAUCCUUUGGACGGAUACGAAAGAAAAUAUUAUUGGGAAAAUGAAGGUGAGCUUCAUCUGUGAAGAACAGGCGUUUAAAAUUAUUACGUAUGAAUACUUUAUUUUAAUUUUAUUAGUAUUCGCAAAAUGACUUAUUAAUCAUACAAUGUGAAACUUGGAUGCAGAGUAAUGAUCGCAUAAACGCCUAUUUUUCAUAGUCAUUGUAAGUGUUGUAAAUGAUUGAUAAAAACUACGCCACCAUCGCUGGUCCAGAAUCUCCGAUUCCAUGCUCUUCUAUAAAAACACAUGUACCCUACCUAUGCCCAAUUUUCAAAUCAUUGCCAGUGAAUUUCAUUAAUUUAAGUCUAAAACUCUUUGAAAUAUGCCUCUACGGACUGUCGAUAAUCUUGGUGAGAUUUUUCUUUUAUAAUCAUGCGACAAACAAGUGUCGCUGGACAAAAUUUAGUGAAGAUUAUUGCGAGGUCAGCUUAAGCUCAAUUGUGAUGAUGUGGUAGAAAAUGAUAAAGAGAAACAAAGAGAACAAAGAAUAAGUAAAAAUAUUGGUAAAGUUUUAAGGAGAAAAAAAAAAAAAAAAAAAAAAAAUAUAUACCGUGGAUGGAAAAACGAAAAUACUAGAAAGAAAGAAAGAAAUAAAGGAGAACAACGCCCAUUCAUAUAAAAAAAAAAUAUAUAUAUAAAUAAUUAUACCUAUCUCAUACAUAUACAUACAUACUAUAGAGCUUACGCCGUAGCUUCACAAGUCAUGAGUACUGCACUACAAAGAAUAUCAUGACUCUCUAUCAAUGUUUGUGAGUGUAUUAUAUAAAUUAAAACUAUUAAAUAAGUGAGCUAUUGAAUGUGUAUAUGGUUAUACUAUACUAGUCCAUACAAAGAUAACAAUAAACUGUAAUUUUGAAUUCAAA